AUGAGAUUCGUUGUCUUAUUUUGUAUGCUCGGAUUCGCGAUCUGCGAUUUACCUGUCCAUUGCUUGAAGCACCAGGUUGCAGGAAAGUGGAGACUAUAUUUGGAAAAACCAACUUAAAAGGGUGUUGGUCUGUUGCCAUGUGGUCAUGAAAUUCCUGACAGAGCUAAGACAUCAUAUAUGGCUUAUUCUAGCAACUUUUAACCAUCAUAAGAUUUUGAGGUUACUUUGGGAGAUGAUUAUAAAGUUAAAUCCAGUUCAAAAUCAGGUGAAUGGACUAUGGUUUAUGAUGAAGGUUUUGAAAUCAAACUAGGUAAUAUGAAAUAUUUUGCAUUCUCAAAAUAUGAGCCAAAGGGCAGAGAGGGAGUGUCAUAUUGUGAUUAAACCCUCGUUGGAUGGUACACAAAUCAAGACACUCAAGAGAGAGGAUGUUAUAGAGCUGAAAAAACGGAAAAAGUAGAGUCAUCUGAAUCCAUCAAAACAGUCAGCAUUGUCCAACCUGAAUUUAUGGAUGAUGACGAUAUGAAAUCUUUGUCAUUCUUACAAGUUCAAGAAAAAACACCAGAAGUGAAUCACGAGGAAGUCGUCGAGAAAUUGAAUCAGAAGGAAGGAACAUGGAAAGCUAAGGUCUAUGAUAAUAUGAAGGGUAAGAGCUUUGCUGAAGUGGCCAAAAGGACAAGAUUAAACAGCAAAUAAAGUUCUUUCAAUUGGAAAGAGAAACUUGCACCACCUAGACAAUAAGGAUAAUGCGGAUCUUGUUAUGCAAUAGCCACAAUGUCUAUGUUAUCAGCAAGAUUGAAAAUAAAGGGUGAAAAUGUCGAUCUCUCACCUUAAUGGUCCUUAAAUUGCAACUAUUACAACCAAGGAUGUGAUGGUGGUUAUCCUUACUUAGUGAAUAAAUUUGCUGAAGAACAAGUACUCGUAUCUGAAGGAGCAGAACCAUAUCAAGGAUUUGACGGAUCUUGCAAUUUCCAGAAGGCCAAGUCUUAAUCUAAAGUUUAUUCAACCAAAAACUAUAAAUAUUUGGGAGGUUCAUAUGGCAGAGUCUCAGAAUAAAUCAUCAUGGCAGAAGUAAUGAAGAAUGGCCCUGUUGUUUUGAGUUUCGAGCCAUCCUACGAUUUCAUGUAUUAUGAAUCUGGUAUCUAUCAUUCCAAGGCUUAAACCAACGAUUAUGCAGAAUGGGAAAAAGUUGAUCAUUCAGUCUUAUGUUAUGGAUGGGGAGAAGAAGAUGGCGUUAAGUUCUGGAUGUUGUAAAACAGUUGGGGAAAUCAAUGGGGAGAAGGAGGAAACUUUAGAAUGAAAAGAGGAGUUGACGAAUCAGCUAUUGAAAGUAUGGCUGAAGCUUCAGAUCCAUAUGUCAUAACUCAGAAUUCAAGUACAAGCUUUUCAGAAACAAAAUCAAAUGAAUCUGAUUUCGAUUAUGAGGAUGAUGACAGCAUCUUUUCCUUCAACUAGAUUAGAUAAAACCUUAAAUGAAUUAUAUCAGCAUUAAUCAUAAUUACAAUAAUUUAUGAUAAUA